AUGUUCAGGAACCACAUGCCAAUGACAAAAGUAGAUGAACAGAUGCUUAACGUCCAAAACAAGAAUAGCAGCUGCUUUGUCAAGAGGAUCCCCAACAAGGUGAAAACAACUCUCUGUGACAUCCUACCUUGGGGGCUAAAAAUGUCCACCACUUUCACCUACAAUGACAGGACCAUCAGGGAGCUGUUCAAGCCCAGCUUGAAGCAGUUUCCAGCCUUGUUCAGUUAUCAGACCUCCCUGCACUGGUACACACGUAAAGGCCUGGAUGAGAUGGAGCUCACCGGGACCAAGAGCACCAUGAAUGACCUGGUAUCUGAGUACCAACAGUACCAGGACACCACAGCCAAAGAGGACAGUGAGUUUGAGGAGAUGGUUGUGGAGGUGGUCUUCAGCUGUCUGGUACCUGGCACGACAUGGGAGCCAUGUGAACUCUAUUCCAUCACAACCUGUUCUCCAACAUCCAUGUCUCACUUUCCUGUGGUUGUUGGACUAAUAUCCCUGUUUCUAUGCUGGUUGUUGGCCAUGGGCUGGUUAUUGGCCAUGGGCUGGUUGUUGGCCAUGGGCUGCUCUCCUCUAGAGGCUGCCUGGUCUUGCAUUGGAUUUACACUGAUAAUCCAGGAUCAUCUCCUUAUCAUAAAGCUGGAUAAUUAUUAA